GUGCAAAUGCAAAACCCACUGUAGGGAACCAAAAGAAAAGAAAAGAAAAGAAAAACCCUACACUAGGGUUUUAGGGUUUUUCUCUUUCAGCACCGUUUGAAUUGAAUUACACCGUUUCUUGUCAGAGACUCUGUACACGGACAUGUCUACAACAGAGAGCGACUUCGUGGACCCUGUAAUCGCUUCACUGUCCACGAGCUUCGGCCAAGUGCCUCCGGCGGCUAUUCCGGCGAUGUUGGAUUGCAUAUUGGCUUCCACGGGCUUAUCUCCGCCGUGUCUCUAUGUGUCGCUUCUCGACGCUUUCCCUAAUCUCAUUAAGGACGUAAUAAAGGAGGAUGAGAAGUUGGGUUCUGAUCGGUGUAACCAUCUUACAUCAUUGGUGGGAGCACUUUGUCACCUUCUAAAGAAAUUUGGGGCCAAUAAUAAUAAUGCUUUGCAAUCAUUUAUAUGGAGAAGUUUUAUUCCUUUGUUGAGGAUGGUACAUGCAUCUGAUCGUGAAAUGCGAAACCAGAUUGCUGAAUUAUUCGUUGAUGUUGUGGUUGAGACUAAUUCCUGGGCUGUUGUGGAAGCUACCUUGGUGCCAUUUUCUUUAAGAUCUGUUGGUCUUUCCGUGGGUGUGCUUCAAAGAAAAGAGUCAGAUGUCUUGGAAUGCUCAGUUUUCCAGGGUUUAACUGACCAGGUAAAUGAUUUGGGAAUGGUAAAAGAACAAAUGCUAUCGCCAGGUGGAUCCUUUCCAUUAUCAAUAUCAUGUCAUAUACUAAACUUUAUGCUGGAUGCGGCCCUUCAAAGCCUGCAAACAACUCCAACCUCAGAAUUGAUGGUGGCAAAUGGGUGUUAUGCUGAAAAGUUUGUGGGUAAUUUGAUAUGGGAUCUUUGUAAUGUGACUGAAAAACUGCUUCUACAAAGUUUGGAACAUCGUUCCUGCAUGAUUGGAUUUUUUCUCCCAGUUAUUUUCAAAGCAUUAGUUUUCCAUUGCUCUUUUGACAUCUCAAUUCAUGGGCAAACAUGUACACUUUCCAGGAAGUCUUUCCUUAUGAAAAUUUGGAAUUGCUGCAGAGCACUGUUUUCUCUUGGACCUCUAGAGAGAAGAGAUGCAUAUAAUGUACUCUCUCUGUAUUUGUCUUUUUUCCCUUGUACAGAAGAAAGUGAAGAUGCUGAAGAAUUUGACAUAAGAGCUGAAAAGGAAUUUUGGGAUGAAAUUAAAAGAGGAUUGGUUGAUAAGGAGGGCUUAGUGAGGAAGCAAUCUUUACAAAUAUUAAAAAAUGCACUACACAUAAAUGUAGGAAGCCCAUCCUCUUCUGGUGUUUCAGAGAUAAAAUUGUGUGAGAGAGAGUCAAUCCCUCGAGGUAUGACAAAGAGGGAACAGUGGGCUGACAAAGAAGCGAAGUCAAUGGGUGUAGGGAAAAUCUGCAACUCAGAUGAUCUCUAUUUGAACAGCCACCAGCAAUGGGAGGCAUUCAUACUUCUAUAUGAGAUGCUUGAAGAGUAUGGUACUCACUUAGUUGAAGCAGCUUGGAAUCACCAGGUAUCAUUGUUGCUACAAUUCUCUAUAUCACAUGUUAAUUUUGCUAGCCUUGUCAAUGGAGGAGUUCAUCAAAACCAGAUUCAAACUUCGAGUGAAAUCUUUAAUUGGCUGUCAAUUCUUUGGGAACGGGGCUUUUGUCACGAUAAUCCUCAAGUGAGGUGCUUGAUUAUGCAGUCAUUUUUGGGAAUUGAGUGGAAAAGUUAUGGAAACUAUGCAAAAUCAGUGCCUGAAACUUUUGUCCUUGGUCCAUUUAUACAAGGGUUGAAUGACCCUGUGCACCACAAAGAUUUCGGUGUAAAAGGAAUCUAUUCAUCGAGGACGAUUGAAGGUGCAUCACUGUUUUUUCAACAAUAUACAAGUUGUCUGAAUGAGAGGAAACGAAUUGCAUUUUUGAGUAAUUUAGCGUCAGUUGCCAAGCAGCAAUCUUUCUGUAGAGCUGGGUUGAUGGGUCUUGCCGAAUGCAUUGCUUCAGCUGCCCGUAGACUUGACAGUGAAGCAGAAUGGGGUGAAGAUGCUUUUCUGGUCAAAUUGGAAAUUGCUUCGGAAAGUUUUCCUCAACAUGAUAAAACGACUUUACUGGAUGUUUUGAGAUUUGUUAUUGAGAGCAGCAAACAACAUUUCAAUCCUAAUUAUCGUUUUCGAGUUUGUGAAAAAGUCCUUGAGGCUGCUGCUUCAGUGGUGUGUACAUUUGAAGUGCCCUUGCAGAUUCUUUUGCACUUCAUUUCAACUCUGCCACGAGAAUUUACUGAUUAUGGCGGAUUUUUAAGAGUAAAAGUACAAGAAUGGCUUUCAGGGCGUGGUAAAAAGCAUUGUUGUGCUAAUUGCUGCAAUACUGAGGAGAAGCUUUUAAAGAGUCUUCAUGACUUCCCCAAAAGGUUUACAAGUUGUCAUUAUCAGGUUGAUGCUGUUCUUACUUAUGAUGAUGAAGAUUUGGAAGCAUGGGAAUUUCAAGCAAAAAGAUGGGCAAGAGUGCUUUUCCUUGCAAGCAAGGAGGAGCAUCAUUUUAUAUCUCUAUUUACGUUUAUUCAAAAUUAUGGAACUAAUAUUUGCAAACAAAAGAAAGAUAUGGAGUGGAUACCUGUGAAGUUUCUCAUCAUAACCUUGAGCUUGGUUCUGGAGCUUCAAAUAAUGCAGGAAAGGGCAGCUGAAUGUGGUACCAAAGUUCGAAGCAAAUCAGAAUUUAGCAUGCUUGAGACAGUGGUUCGAUUGAAUAAUGGAGAAGUGGCUAUUUUAUUUGAGAAGUUUGCCAAGACUUUUCUUCAUAUAUUGGAGGAACUGAUUUCAUUUGCAAACAUGUCUUGUUCCAUAUUUUCAUCUAGCAUUAUGAUGGGGGAUGUGACUCUGCCUAGUUCUGUGAGAGGAAAACUUGGAGGCCCAAGUCAACGGCGGUUGUCAUCUUCAACCACCACUGCUGUUCUGCAAGCUGUAACAGCCAUGAAGUCUGUUGCAGCUAUCUCAUCAUGGUGUGCAAAGUUUAAGAGUGAUGUUGUACUAAAUUUUGCUUUCAGCUUUUUGUGGGAAUUCUUCUUAAAGACUAUUUCAUCUCCAUCUUGUGAUUUGGAGACUGGAGCAGAAAUCUGUCUUGCAGCAUAUGAAGGAUUAGCUCCAGUUCUCAAAGCACUAGUGUCCGUGUUUUCUCCUCAACUUUUGGAUACCAUCAGGGAAAACGAUGAAUUCCUGCUACCUAAAGUAGAAGGCACACCUCUAUUAGAUUCCUUGGUUCUUUCUUUUCUUCAAAACAUCAAUAAUUUUCUUACCAUUGGAGUUUUGGCAAGGACGCGUCGGGCAGUUCUAAUGAAUUGGAAGUGGCUUUGCCUAGAAUCUCUUUUGACAAUUCCAAGCUAUGCUUAUGAGGACGGAUUUAAUGUGGAGGACAGUAUCAGCUUUUUCUCAGAUGCUACUCUCAGAUUGAUUUUCACUGACCUUGUUGAGAGCCUUGAGAAUGCUGGAGAAGUGUCUGUUUUACCCAUGCUGAGAUCAGUCAGACUGGCUUUGGGGCUUUUUUCUAGAGGAAAGUUUGGUUCAGUUGUUUCCUCAUGCAAUGGUGUGGAUGUCCAGAUGAUGUGGCAUUUGGUUCGUGCCUCCUGGAUAUUGCAUGUCAGCUGCAACAAGCGGAGGGUUGCACCUAUUGCUGCACUUCUGUCUUCUAUUUUGCAUUCUUCUGUGUUUAGUGAUGAGAACAUGCAUGUAGCCGAAAAUGCACCUGGUCCUCUGAAGUGGUUUGUUGAAAAAGUUCUUGAGGAAGGUAAAAAAAGUCCUCGUACAAUUCGCCUUGCAGCAUUACACUUGACAGGGCUUUGGUUCUUGAAUCCCAAGACUAUUAAGUACUACAUGAAAGAGCUGAAAUUGCUGUCACUGUAUGGUUCUGUUGCAUUUGAUGAGGAUUUUGAAGCUGAAUUAGCAGACAAUUUUGAUGCGAGGACUGAAGUAUCAUUAUUGGCAAAAAACCCUGACUCUGAGCUGACUGAAGCAUUUAUCAACACAGAGUUGUAUGGACGUGUGUCUGUUGCUGUUCUGUUUCACAAGCUAGCUGACUUGGCUGAUAUGAUGGGAUCUGCAAAUGAAACUGAAGAUUGCCUUUCUGCUUUGGAGUCUGGAAAACUAUUUCUGCUGGAGCUUCUUGAUUCUGCGGUAAAUGACAAGGACCUUUUAAAGGAGUUGUAUAAAAAGUACAGUGCGAUUCACAGGCGCAAAAUACGUGCUUGGCAGAUGAUAUGUGUCUUAUCACGAUUUGCUCGUCAAGAUUCACUUGGGCAAGUUGCACAGAGGUUGCACACAUCCCUUUAUAGAAACAAUUUACCUGCUGUCCGGCAAUACUUAGAGACAUUUGCAAUAAAUAUUUACUUGAAGUUUCCUCCAUUGGUUGGAGAGAAUUUAGUUCCUAUACUACGAGAUUAUGACAUGAGGCCCCAGGCACUCUCUUCUUAUGUAUUUAUAGCGGCUAAUGUCAUCCUCCAUGCAUCUGAAGCAGUUCAAUAUAGGCAUUUGGAUGAAUUACUUCCUCCUAUAGUUCCAUUAUUGACAUCACAUCACCACAGCUUACGUGGUUUCACCCAGUUACUAGUAUACCAAGUUCUUUGCAAACUGUUUCCUACUUCGGGUUCUAGAGCCUCUCAAACAAUGCCUUUAGAGAAAAGAUGCUUUGAGGAUUUGAAAUUAUACCUGGCAAAUAACUCUGAUUGCAGGCGCUUACGAGCAUCAAUGGAAGGAUAUCUUGAUGCCUAUGAUCCCAAAAUCUCCGUCACUCCAGCAGGAAUUUUCAUCAAUCGGGUUGAGGAACUCGAGUUCGAAUGCGUCCCAAUAUCCCUUUUGGAGCAAGUACUCACCUUCCUAAAUGAUGUCAGGGAAGAUCUUAGAUGUUCAAUGGCAAGGGAUGUGGUGACUAUCAAGAAUGAGAGCUUAGAUCCUCACCGCAUGGAUCUAUCAUCUAAUGCCAAAGGAGAAAAUUUGCGUAUCCAGCAGCCUAAAGAUACUUGUUUGGAUUUUCAAAAGAAGGUUACUCUCUCCAAACAUGAGAAGAAUGAAACCAGUGUUAGUUCCUUCUUCGGCAACAAAGAAAUUUAUGAACAACUUGUCGAAAUGGAAAAGGAUGAUCAGCUUCUAGAUCAGCUUUUGCAGUCUAGAAGUCUGGCUAUGGAAAGAGUAAAAGCUAGUCAGCAAACUUUUAUCCUAGUAGCAUCACUACUUGAUCGUAUACCUAACCUUGCUGGAUUGGCACGAACAUGUGAGGUAUUUAAGGCAUCAGGAUUGGCCAUUGCAGAUGCAAAUAUAUUAAGUGAUAAACAGUUCCAACUCAUCAGUGUGACAGCAGAGAAGUGGGUUCCUAUCAUAGAAGUCCCUGUGAAUAGUGUGAAAGUUUUCUUGGAGAAAAAGAAACGAGAAGGCUUCUCUAUAUUGGGGUUAGAGCAAACUGCAAAUAGUAUACCUCUUGACCAGUAUGUCUUUCCCACAAAGACAGUCCUUGUCCUUGGGCGUGAAAAGGAGGGUAUACCUGUGGAUAUAAUACAUAUUUUAGAUGCUUGCAUUGAGAUUCCACAAUUGGGAGUUGUUAGAUCUCUCAAUGUUCAUGUCAGUGGUGCCAUUGCUCUCUGGGAGUAUACUCGGCAGCAAAGGUCCCAAUAGAUCUUCGUUAAACACAAUGCUGUCUUUCAAUUAUAGUUAGGGAUUUUCUGGAUGUAAUGUCUCAGCAGCAUAUGAUUUUACAAACCACAUGCUUCCUUGUCUUUGUAUCUGAUUCAUAUAUUGAUCCAUUUGUGAAUAUUUUUUAAUGGCGCUGUUGUCAUUGUUGGCCUUUUUGACAAUAAUAUGUGGAUUAAACAAUGAUAGGAUGAUGGAGAUCUAACAAUUAGAUUCCAUUCUUUGGCUUUGUUUAAUAAAAUUCCUGUUUACUCAUCAAAAUAUAUAAUGCCAAAACCAAUUCAGGUGACUAAUUGGUGUCACAUUUGUUUUGA